AUGUCAGUCUAUGAAACUUCUCUUACAGAAAAGGACGAGCCAAAGCUAAUGUCGAUGCGAUUCUGCAUUGUUAUUGUACUGUGCUACGUGUACGAGGUUUUCGCUCAACAAUGCAAAGAGGGUGAGCAUGCCAUUUCUGGUAUGAUGCUUCGAGGACACACCUUCAAGAAAGUGAGAUCAUUGAUUGCAUUUGAAUGCCAUCAAGCAUGUUACAAUGAUUUCAGAUGUCACAGCUUCAACUACGUAAUUUCAGAGGAGCUAUGUGAACUAAACAACCGGACUAAGGAGGCCAGUCCAGAGAACUUUGUGCCAAAUUCUGAAAGAUUUUAUGUCAGGAGUAAUAAGAAAAGAGGUGAGUUUCAACGAGAAGCAGCCCUAGCACUGGCGGUUAUUGAAGUAAUUUGAACCUGAUAAAACUAUUCUCCGUCCUUAGUUCCUCUUGGCUCCAUUCCUGAAUUUCCAGCAGAAACAUGUCGAGAGAUAAAAGCAAGCGAAGAGGGGAAAGCGAACAGUGGCAAUUACUGGCUUGAUUCCAUUAUAGAGGGGAAGACAGUACUUGUUCCUUGCGAUAUGGAAACAGCGGGUAACAAAACUCAAUUACUAGUAUUUGUUGACAUCAGUGUAAAAAAAUCUUGAUCAAGCACUAAUCGUUUUGGCAAAGAAGAUCCACGCCGAGUUGUAAUAUCCUACAAUGUUUGGUUCCUUUCACAACCACCACAAAUGGGAAAAAUAUCAUUCACAACCUUUCAUUCCUUGUUUCCGCUUGAAUUUACUUAUUACCCUACAUGACAAAUUAGUCACUUUCUCUUUCGCUCAUUUCACGAAUUAUUUAUCCGCCUAUUUAUUUAUUUAUUUAUUUAUUUAUUUAUCUAUUUCCUGGAAGUAUUUGAUAUUUCAUCAUAUAAUAUGCUGAAUAUCAUAGAAUGGCUAUUAUGCACGAUGAUGUUAUUUACUGAAAAAUAUCGGUCCAAGCCUACUUGGCAUUAUAUUUGUCGGGAACUUUAACUCCAUCUGGUUGUUUUCAUGUGGAAAACCUUUGAUUUCAGUAGUGUCGCAUUCAGAAUCUUGAGUGUAGACCGUGAAUGCGAGGUUUGAAGGUAUGAGUGGGUAUUUUUACGUAAACAUUCACAGGGCCCAUUGUCAAUUAAUUUCUAAUAUGUACAGUAUAUACAAUCAUUUUUUGUUAGAUGCUGAUGAAUGCAAGGCCUCGUUACCUGUCUGUGACACGAAUGCCAUUUGCCAGAAUACCCCUGACUCAUAUAUUUGUGCUUGUAAACCUGGAGUUAUUGCAGAUGGGACAACUUGCACUGGUAAGAGGGUGUACAGUCAGUUUAUUCUUUAAAAUUUUAUAUUGAUAUAAAUGGACGAAUUUAGCCGAAAGGGCAUUAAAGCUGAUCAUACACCGUACAGCACCAUGCGAAACUUGACGCAAAAUGUAAUUUGUAGUAGACGUGAUUUGAAAAAAAUUAAUAUUUUUCCGGCACGUAUUAAGGAUUGGAGGCGGGUGCGAGGUCCGAGGAAGGCUAUAGGAUCGUAGUUUGUAAUUUGAGGUCGGUAGUAGGGCGAGGUAUUUUACGGUCAGCUUUCGCCGUGUUAACCCUUAAACGCCCCAAAUCUCUUUAGUUUUCACUGGUUUUCGUGUCCUUUUGGUGCAUUUAAUUUCCUUCAAAAGUAAAUGUAAUAAACUCUGGUAGGCAUAUUGGUGGUGAAUAAACGGUAAAGUGGCUUGGCUGGCCAGCGUGCCCAGUUAUCAACAAUUUGUGUCGAGUAUUAAAGACAAAAUAGGACUCGUCCUUGGUGUACAAGACAGUUUACGUAAAACAAAAUAGAGAACGUAAAGACAAAAGAGCAAGGAAGACAAUGAAUCUCAGUUAGUAAGUGAAUUUGGUUGGUACGUACGCCUUGGUCGAUAAACGUAGCAGGCCGUAAAUCACAGUAGAUACCCUUAACUUGAACAAGUUUUUUUCGAUUGAAAUUUUCCCCCUCUAUUUGGGCCCAAAGUUAUAGGAAUUAUCUUACUUAUCAGAUAAACUACGGUGUUAUAGAAGGAUUUUCAGCCCCAGGAGAAGUUGUAAAAACACAAUUGAAAAGAUGUCGUAUUUUUUCACGUGUGUUUGAUAUCGCCAAUCGGCUGCUGACACGUUACUCGCCCUUCGCGCGACUCGGUCAGGUUGAAUGAACGAGGGCUAAAGCCUUCACCAUUCUCAAUCCAAGGUAGUUUGUCGGAAUUCUUUUUGUUUUAGAUUAUGUCUGCUAAAACACUGAAAGAUCCGUAUCGCUUACAGAGAGUAACUUUCAAACUUUCCUAGAUACAGUGAUUAAUUGAAAAAAGUUAUGUAUUAAGUGGCUUUUGGUAUUUCUCACGGCUGAGAACGAAAACGGACCACCGAUAAAUUUGUCACAGACCGAUUUUGGCCGUGAACUUGAAAGAUUUCUUCUGUCAGUAACGACCAAGUCAAUCAAUGAGGAUUUUCUAUGUUUUGGAAUGUUUGAACGUAUUUUUUUCAUUUGUAGCCUUGACCCUAACGCAGUUCACUACUUUUACUUGGGGAUUGUCGAUCCUUUUAUUUUAAUUCAUUAAUGAAGUUGACUUUUCUUGACACUUAAGGGCCAUCGUGUUUACAUGAUAAACAAAGUAAGACAUGGUUGCUUGUAGAUAUGUAUCAUUCUCUAUUUAUCGCGUUGUCUCAUGGUAAAUAUCUCGGUCAGUGGUGUAGUACGGAACCUUGUUUUUUCUGCUCGGAUUUAUGACCCUCUCCGUUUUUGCUUGGACCGUAAAUACGAGCAGAAAAAACGAAGUCCGUAGCUUGGUGUGCGGACCACUAUCAGAGGUAAGAGGUAUCUGCAUUUGUUUGAAAAACCGAUGUUACACUUAAAGUAGCAAUUAUUAGGAAACCGCAAAAGAAAAUACCGUGGCGUACGAAGAAUCUGUUAAAGAUCUGAUAACCAGUGCAACGCACUUGUUGAGAUAACAUCAAAAUGGUUACGAAUUUACAUUUCUUGCAGCUGUACUAUCUUGCGAGGCUUUAGGAGUAGAAGAUCCAAACAUCAUACCUGACGUCCAAAUCACUGCGAGUUCCAAUUAUCUCAGCUAUUAUCCACACAAAGGACGGCUCAAUGGAGACAGCGGUUGGUGUCAGCAGUCUUCUAGAAUCACCGAUGACUAUAUACAGGUUGAUAUUGGAGCAGGACGCACAGUAUGCGGAGUCGCCACGCAAGGAAAGGCAAACGGAUCGUUUAUAAAAAGCUACAGGCUCUCCUUUUCUACUGAUGGUACCAGUUGGACUGCAUAUAAAGAGCAAAACGUCGAAAAGGUAUGAAACGUGACGGUCAGGUAUUUUCUGUGUGCAUGCGCAGGCUGAGGGAGGAUUUACCGGUUGGGAAUAGUUUAAAUUGAUGUAAGAAUAAUAAAUAACCUUCAGGAUAAAGGGUAAUCUCGGUUUUCUCUAAAAUUUUGAGUUUUUCCGUUUUCUCAAAGUGAUAACAGAUCUUGUCCUCUUCUCCAUCAAAAACAUGUAGAAAGGUGGUCCGGUUCUGCUGUGUCCACAGCGACUGAAAUAUGUCUGUCUAUGGAAACACUUGUUAGCCGUUACGUUUCCGCAAAGGAAAAAAAGGUUUCGGCAACACUGACGUAACCAGAAUUUUGGUUUUUCGUCCAGUGACAUCAGCUAAGGGAUUCAAUGAGAUCUUAAUACAGAUUUAGUAAACAAACUGUAUCAGGGAAGGGGGGAAUCUCUUUGAAGCAGCUUAACUGAGAAUAAAGUUCCCCUUAUGAUUAAGUGGUUUCUCCUUUUUUUUUUUUUCAUUGCAGAUCUUUGAAGCGAAUUCAGACUUGAAUACCAUUAUAAAACACACACUGAAUAACCCAGUCCAAGCAAGAUACAUUCGAUUUUAUCCGGUCACCUUUUCUCAGUACCCUUGUAUGAGGAUCGAAGUGUUCGUGCAGUAA